AUGCAUUUUGAACAACCUUUGGACUUGUUAACUCCAGAAGUAUUCAACCAAGACUUCGGCUAUGUUGAAGGCACUUACCUCGAUCAUGCCGGGGCUGCAUUAUACCCUAGAUCACUGGUUGAGGCUAUUUCAAAUGACCUGUGUACUAACCUGUACAUGAACCCACAUUCAAAUCCUGACUCCGGCGGCGAAUUCGUUUAUUUACACGAGAACCACACAUCUGUCCUUGGGAUGAGGAAUGUUGACAACGUGUUGAAAAAUAUUAUACCUGUGAGGAAUGUUACACGGGAAUAUGUAUUCAAUACAAUAGCAGAGCGUCACAGGCAGCAAAGAGAAUAUGCACUUCAAAUAAUGCAAAGGAAUGUUGGGCAACAAGAAGUACGUCAAGAAAUUGGACAUCUCAGACAUAUCAACAGAGGAAAUUCUUUGUUUGCUUAUCCUGCCCAAUGCAAUUUUUCAGGGUAUAAAUACCCCAUGAAUUGGGUUAAUGAAGUCCAAAUGGGCGUUCUGGAGAGAAAGCCUGAAAAUCCAUCUAGAUGGUUUUGCUUGUUGGAUGCGGCAGCUUUCGUCUCCACAAGCGAGUUGAACUUGGGAGUUGUACAACCAGACUUCGUAUGCAUAUCUUUUUAUAAGAUGUUCGGCCUACCGACCGGGCUUGGUGCGCUCUUGGUACGUAACACGAGUGCCCAUGUGCUACAGAAACAGUAUUUUGGUGGUGGCACCGUGAGGAUAGCUAUGGCCUCGCCGCCAACUCAGUUUCUAAAGACCGUACUCCAUGAAAGAUUUGAAGAUGGCACGGCUCAUUUUCAUGGGAUAGUUGCUGUCGGCCAUGCUCUGAACUGGCUCGAGUCAUCUGGAUUAGACAUGAUCAUGAUUUCUGAUCACUGCCACCGCCUUAUCAGAUACCUGUUUCAUGCACUACGGGAAAUACGCUACUACAACUUAAGGCCAGCAGUGCUCAUCUAUGCUGAUUCUAACUAUGAAGAUCCUUCUAUCCAGGGACCCAUCAUCAAUUUCAAUUUAUUAGAUGAGAAUGGAUCUAUCCUUGGAUAUAACACUAUGAUGAACAUUGCGGAAGCAGAAGGAAUCUACUUGCGUGUCGGGUGCUUCUGCAACCCAGGGGCGUGCCAGAGACAUCUAGAGAUCAGUGACUAUCAAUACAUGGGAUUCUUCGUGGAAGCUGGUCACGAAUGUGGUGACGAUAUCGACAAAGUAGGAGUAAUGCCUACAGGUUCCAUCAGGGUCUCUGUGGGGCUGUACACCAGAAGAAUGCAUAUUGACACGUUGAUCUAUGCUAUCCAACGUUUCGUGCUCAGCCGUACACCAAGAAUCUAUGCGCAUCCAGAUGCAGUUGUUAACAUCAUCCGUGGAAACCGGCCAGGUCGUGUUUGACGAGCAUUAGCAAUAAGAACAGAGACCUCCACCACAAGUGUUUUCCAUAGAUUGAGGUAUAGCAGGAUCUCUGGGGAUACCAUGGACUCUGAUGGAUGCUCUAGCCAGAAGUGUGAAUUGUUCGUGUUGAGAUUUUUAAUUGAUAAAUUUAGCAUAGUUUUUUGUAGUAAUUUAGAACAAAUAGUUUUACAUAAUCAUAAGUAAGAAAUAUUCUAGACAAAACUUGUUUAUAAAGGAAAUGGAAUAUUUUAAAGGUAUAAAAAUUAUACCUAAUAAUUUAAGGCUUCUGUUAAAGGACGUCUUGCUUGAAAAUCCUGUUUAUAAUUAUGAAAUAAUUUAGAGUUUAAGCUAGUUCAGUUAAAUGCUACAGAAAAUGUACAGUGUCAGCUCAACAAAUUUAGAUAGAAAACUUGAAUUUAUGUGAGUCGUUUUAUUGUGUUAAUAUUGUGUAUUCUCUCUCUCUCUCUCUCUCUCUCUCUCUCUCUCUCUCUCUCCUCUCUCUCUCUCUCUCUCUCUCUCUCUCUCUCUC